AUGUCGAACGUGACGAUCUUCGACGGCGAGGUGCUUAGAUCCCUCGAUCUCAACCUACCGGAGCUCGAACACGGCGUCACCGGUGCUCAGCUUCUCGAAAUUUCUGAAUCCAAGGUCUCUGAAUCUCUCUCGGGCCUCUCACUUCCGCCUCACCUCAAACAAGCGGCGAUCUCCAAAGUCUCAGCAGGAGAUGACGUCAAUUUCCGACGUACGGAGCUCAAUCGGCAACAAGCAUCUGAGAAAUUCGGAGUGUUCGUCUCCGCCAUUGCCGAUGCUCUUAGAGAUACUCCAAUUGUGGUCUCGAUUCUGGAUGGGAGCUCGUUGAAGCUAUUCUUGGAGGACGAAGAUGAUUUUGCAAUGCUGGCAGAGAAUCUGUUCACAGAUUUGGAUGAAGAAGAUAAAGGAAAGCUUUGCAAGAGCCAGAUUCGAAAAGCUCUUGCACACAUGGGCGUUGAGAUGGGUGUCCCUCCACUCUCAGAGUUUCCCAUUUUAGAUGACAUCAUUAAGAAGCACGAUGCUGAUGGUGAUGAAGAGCUUGGACAAGCACAAUUUGCAGAGCUACUUCAGCCAGUUCUUCAAGAAAUAGCAAAUGUCCUUCAUCAGAAACCAAUAACCAUCAUCCAGAACGUUGAGAUCUUCACUACAUCAAGGCUCCGUAAGGUUUUGGCAGACGAGAAGACACUCAAGUGCCUCGUAGAGAAGAUGGUUGUGGAAGAGUCGAAAGAGAAAGACAAGCAGGGACAGGCAGAUCUUAUAAAGAGUUUGAUAAUAAAGAACGGAGAAGAGUUGGGAUUGCCUCCGUUGUCUUCAGAGAAUGAAUCGGUGGCUCUUAUCUAUGACAACGUAUUUGCUCAGUUGCAUAACAAAGAGAAAGGAACCGGUGAUGCUUCCACAGGAGAUGGGUUUAUGGAUGCUCUUAAGGAUGUGCUCAAGAAAUUUGAGGAGUUGCUCGAAACCACACCGGUAUAUUCUGCUACUAAUCUCUAG